AUGGAUUUGACAUCAUCACAACAUAAUCAUCUACAAAAAGAACAGAUAAGAGAAUUGGGAAGACAAGAAGGGGAAAAAGAAGAUGAACAGAUAGUUGCAGAAAUCAUGGGAAGGCGUUUUUUUCCUGCUCUUAUAACUCAUAAGGCCUGGGAAGGCUUUCACUUUGCUGGCCAUGAGAUAAGAAUAACAGAAGCCACUGAUUGUUACGGGGCAGUCGUCUGGCCAUCGGCUCUUGUUCUGUGUUACAUUUUGGAAACUAAUUCUAAACAAUACAAUUUGGUUGACAAAAAUGUGAUUGAAAUUGGAGCUGGAACUGGAUUGGUCUCCAUAGUAGCCAGUUUACUGGGUGAGUACAUGCCAUUGCUCUUAUGCUCUUGGAAACAUCUCUCAGAUGAAUAG